UAGGGUUCUUGGACAAUGGCCGCGAAAUGGAAGGCGCAGCAGCGGAAGCAGCGAUGGCAGCACAGCGCGGUGCUGCUCCCCUCCUCUCUAAUCUCUCGUGCCGGCGCGGACGCGAGGAUCUCUUCUUUCUGCACGGCUCUGCGCGAGUGGAGCUCGCUGGGAAACACGUUUGAUCAGGUAUCCGGCGCCAAGCGCCUCGUAGCAGCGCUAGAGGCAGUCGCAGGGGUAGAAUCCGAGGCGCUGGCCGUGGCAUUGUCGGUGUUCGUGGAGAUUUUGUUCCAGGAGGGAUCCAGGCCCGUCCACCGUACGAUGCUCUCGGCUCUCACGCAAUUCCAGCAGUGUCGCGAGGUUCUAGAGGAGAUUUUCCAGCGGUGUUGUGCGGAUUAUGGACUGGGGGGCUUGAAUGAGAGAAGAUUUGCGCUGGUGGCGGUGGGGCUCUCUCUCGCGAGCUUGCCAAAGCCGGGGCUACUCAAGGACGUGGUUCGCAAGUGCUCUACGCUGAUAGCUUCCAGCGCCAGCUUCGACGUCCGGGACGUGUUGAGGCGGUCGGAGAGUGGUGAGAAUGCCACUCCAUCGCUCAUGGAGGAUUGCCAGGACGCCAUGUCCACGGUCUACUACAUGCUCCAGAACUCGUCCCAGGACUUUGGAAGCCAGGCUUUUGGGGACGUGGUGGUGACUUCGCUGGAUGUUUUGCAAAGCUCGUUCAUGUCCCGGGACUGCGUGGUAGCGGCGGGGGUUUGCUUGUGUGCUACUGCCCAGAUGUCGAGCUCGCGGUCGAGACUGGUGUUGAUGCUCGCCGAGGCUCUCUUCCCAGAGGUGAAUUCACAGUAUUGUGCCGUGGAAGAGGAGGAGUUUAGCAGGGAUAAUAGCGAACAAGGCAAGCUAGAGAGCGUGAUUCACAGAUUACGUCGCUCGACUAUGGCCGAGGAGGCCGAGAAGUUCACGGAUUUUGGUCGGCUGUGCGUACUUCGAGGACUUCUCACAGCUGCUCCUCGAGAGGUUUUGAAUUACUGCCUGCUCAAAAAGGUGACGGUAGAAGAAGAUGGUCGAAGAACCUCCAACUUGGUGGUGUGGACACUUCUAUACGAUGGGAUCUUGCCAGCUCUCUGUGCCGCAACGGAGAGCUCCUUCGACAGCCACUUCAAGUUCCAUGGUAUGACUGCGCUCCAGAUAUGUCUACAACAGAUCAAGGCGUCGAUCUUGGGCAACGUUACAGCAGCCGCGAUUGACGAGCUCCGCAGCGUCAAAGGAGCAGCUUUUACUGCUCCAGCGACGCCAUUUUCUCCGACGAUGACGAGCAGAGUUAUGCAGAUCAUUUGGAACAACUGGGAAGACCCUCUCAAUCAGACCGUCCGGCAGGUCCAGAUGGUUUUCGACUUACUUGCGGACUUGCAAUCUUCGUCAUCAAGUGAAGGCGGUGAAACGGCACAGGCACAAAAUGGCACGCAGUCUUUUUUGCAUCAGAUUGCGAACGAUCUCCUCACAGUUGGUGGACACCGGAAAGGAAGAUAUGUUCCUCUGGCUACGUUGGCGUUGCGACUUGGAGCUCAGACGCUGUUGGAGAUGUGCCCGGGCCUUCUUUUCCAGACCAUUCACGCCAUGUCCGAUGAUGGAGUUUGCUGCGCAGCAAGCUCGUUUUUAAAGCUGUUCCUGGAGCGGCUUCGCGACGAGUGCUGGAACAACGAAGGCGUUACGCAGGGAAGCAUACGAUUUCGGCAACUUUGGGUUCCUCCGAUGGUGGCUGGCGUCGUUGCUGGAAACCCAAGACUUCGGAUCAACUUACACACGUACGCACUUUCGGUGGCACUGGAGAUUGACAGCGAUAGCCUUUUACAGAUGCUGGGGUUCGUUUUAGAUGGCUUGGCUGUUCGUGAGGUGCCAUCAUGGGAGGACUUGCGGGGUGCUGCUGGAAUGCCAGAUUUUUUUACGCAGAACCAACGGGUGGCCUUGUUUGUGUCUCUUAUCAAGGUCGCUCGGGGAUUAGCUCUGAUAGAAAACGAAAUCAGGGCGUCUGGAAGUGCGUCGGAGAUGACGUUUCUGGUGAAAGGUGUGGCCGUUUACGCACCAAUAUCUUUUCUAGAGCUCGGGCUUACUCAUCUCGAAGAAGGUUUACGGGUGGAUUCUGCGGAGCUUAUUUGCUUGAAUCCCAAGACAGCGGUGAUGCCUUCACCUUUCGAGCUGCAUCUUUUGAGGGUGGCAAUGCCUUUGAACAUGAGGUGCUCUUCGACAGCUUUCCGGAUGAAAUGGACGAGUUUGCUCAAGAAGUUUUUCAGCAGAGUUCGGGUGGCGACUGACAGGCAGAUGAAACUGGAAUCAUCAAAGGGCGGCUACAGGAAUGGAGAACAGGCGAAUGGAGCUAUUCAGAGGAAGCUCGACAGCUCAGUGGUGACGCUCGCAGAGAUGCAGGCGUUCAUGCAAUGGUUGACGCGGCUGCUGGUUUCAUCCUUGUACCCGUCAGCUCCUUACGAGCGGAAGUACAUGGCGAUGGAAAUACUCAACGUACUACUCGACGUUUGGCCCACGACGGAUCAGCUGCAGUCCAAGAAAAACUUCUCGCCGUAUGGAAAGGAGCUCUUCUCGGCAGACUACACGAUGGUUCUUCUCGGUGCUGUCGUGGAUAGCUGGGACCGUCUCAGAGAGAGCGCCUACAAGAUACUUCUACGCUAUCCCACUCCAUUACCGGGCUUAGAAGCACAAGAGAAGGUGGCGGAGGUGUUACAAUGGGGAAAAGUUCUUGCGAAUAGUCCUCGUGUCAGAGAAAGCGAUGCAGGAGCGCUUGUGUUGAGGCUCAUAUUUCGAAAGUACGUCUGCGAGCUCGGAUGGAGAGUUUCACUACAUCCAGAAGCUGAGGCUGUGCAGACGAAGCCUGUUUCUGGGGAUCAGAUUGUUUGCUACAUCGAGUCACUCAACGAUUGGCUCGAGGCUGGGGUUUUGGAAGGUGAAAGGAACCUCGUGACGGCUUGCAAGCAUAGCUUUGUGCACGGGGUUCUACUCACGCUCCGUUACACUUUCAGCGAGCUGGAUUGGAUUUCUGAUGGAGUGAGGGCCAAUGUCGCCGGGCUUCGCAGGGCCUGUGAAAGGCUUUUUAAGCUCCUGUUGAAGGUUACGUCUCUAGCUCUCUGGGUUGUAUCAGUCGAUGCUCUCAACCUCAAGGAGAAAGAGUAUGAAGGCUUGGACGAGGACGUUGAGGAUCUACCUGUGUCUGAUUCUGAUGAUAUCGAAGGUGAUGAUGAUGGCAUUGGUGGAGAUGACGAUGCUAGCCUUUUGGCUCCACUGGAACAGAUGGUUAUGGUAGGCUGCUGGCUAUCCAUGAAAGAGGUCAGCUUGCUCCUAGGGACUGUUGCACGAGGGGCACCACUACCCGGUUGUAGCUACAACGCUAGGACUGGAAAUGGUGUUCUCCAGUCUUUAGAAGAAUCGAAGAUUAUUAUGUUGGAGUCUGCACAGCUUGAAGAAAUCGGUCAGCAUUUUUUGCAAGUGCUUCUUGCUAUGAAGCAUAAUGGCGCUAUUGACAAAACUCGAGUUGGCUUUGUCGCUCUGUGCAAUCGUUUACUGCUCUCAAGCGACACAAGGUUAAGCAAGAUGCCUGAGAUUUGGAUGCAGCAACUUAUGAAACGGACUGUUCUCAAGGACCAAUCGCUCGAUGAUCUGCUGAGAAGGAGCGCAGGAAUUCCGGCGUCGUUUCUCGCGUUGUUUCUUUCGGAACACGACGGUGCGCCGAGAAAGCUUCUUCCCAUGGGCUUAAGGUGGCUGAUUGACAACAUCAAACAAUUUCUCGACUCCUCGACCAGUAAAGAUGUGGUGCCUGUCGUGCACGCCUUCAACACUCUCAGAGUAACUUUCAACGACACGAACUUAUCAACUGAUACGUCUGGAUUUUGCGCUGAAGCUUUGAUAGUUGCCAUCAAAGCAUUUGCUUCUCCUUAUUGGCAAGUCCGGAACAGUGCUACACUCGCUUUCACUGCGCUACUACAUCGUAUCGUUGGAUUUCUAAACGUACACAAGCAGGCUACAGCACGUCGUGCUAUUACUGGUUUUGAGUUCUUUAACAGGUAUCCCGCUCUUCAUCCGUUCCUUCUGGAGGAACUAGAAUGUGCUACCAUGAACUUACAACAGGGGGUGACGCAAAGCCGGCUUCAUCCGAGCCUUGCACCGAUUCUGGUGAUUCUGUCGCGUCUGAGGCCAUCGAUUGUCAACACAAGGACGGACGACUGGCUGAGCCCUUCAGCAUUCAUGCCGUCCGUCGUGCGUUGUGCAACUCAGUGCAAUUUAAAGCUCCGAGUUCUCGCAUCUCGUGCUUUAGCACCGCUUGUCACCGCGGAGAACCUUUUGAACGUUCUGCUGGAGCUCUGUUGCCAGUUAUCGAAGCAGCCAGUGCGUUACAACACCAUCCACGGCGUUUUACUGCAGCUAUCAUCGCUUCUUAAAUCCAACUGUACGGAGGUAUCCCAGCAGGAACAGCAGGGACAGAUCGUGGUGCAGGUUUUCGACAGGAUCAAAGAGUGCACACUACUUGGCACGAUAAACCGGACAUCGUGUUUUAUAGCGGUUGCAGCAUUUCUUGGAGUUUUACAAGAUCUUCUGGAACUUGCUUAUCAGUGCCAACAGGUGCCAUCAGUGCGGGAAACCAUGCAACAACUCCGGCCGGUACUUUUGCACCUCAGCAGCCAAAGUAUCAGCCAUAGCGACAGUUCCGCAAAGCCGUGGGACUCGACGCUUGUGGAUUUGAAAGGACUAGCUGCGUAUAUCUACUUCAGCACAAUUCUGCGAGGUUGGCAAACUUCUAACGCUGAUACCGCUUCGGGCCAGUACCAGACACUGGAUCAGUCUGCAGCAGCAAUGACAACGGACACGAAAACAUUUUAUACGACUUUACGAGAAGCGCUGGCUGACAAGAUGUACGAGGUUAGACUGGCAACACUGAAGGCGCUAAAGUCAUUCUCGACACAACAAGUAAACGAAAAUUUCGCUGUUGCUUUCACACAGUUGGACGCGAGAAUGUUGCGUGGCCUGCUAGCAGAGCGUUUAUAUACGGAGCUUCAUCCCAGAUGCGUCAAGCGCAUAUUACAGGUUUUUCUGAGAUGGAACCUUCUCGCAGUUGGCAACGAUCCUCAGCAGGACCCUUUCAAGAUAUGGAACACGUUACUCGGAAUUUACAACACCUCCAAGGUCUCCAAGACAAGGGAAUCUGCAGUACGUUGUCUCGGCAAUUGCAUGCAACACCUUCUCGUCUCAAUGAAGGCCGAGAUGGUGGACAGGGACUUGGACGACUCCGACUGGGAAGUCUUUCGCGGGGUGCUCGAGACAUGGAACGAUCUGAUACGACGCCACAGUGCGGCCAGCGAGCCUGUAAACUUGAGGAGAGCGAUUUCUUCGGCAAUAAUCUCCUCGAGGUGCUUGGAGGAGUCUAAGUGGCUCAGGGAGAAUACCAGGAUGGUGGCAGUGUCUCCGAGGUUGAAGUGGUACAGGAAAAUAGUUCUGAGCGUCUGGUCGGUAACCAUCAACCUUUUGGAGGACGAAGACAUUGUUCUACGCCAGCAGCUUGCGUUAGCCCUCCAGGACGUCAUGGUACCCGUUUUCAAAGCUCCGCAUGCUAGCGUUCCAGCUCAAGUGGAGAGGGUGCUGGAAACGAGCCUCGCAUUCCUGAAGCUCCAGUUCCAGGAAUGCGAUUUCUUCUACGACUUUCUUGCUGGGUGGAUACUGGGCGACGACAGCUCUCGUUUUGGAGGCCUCCAGAACACAGACUUGGUCCGUAAGCUGUUCGACAAAGAGCUCGAUAACCACCACGAGGAGCAGCUACUGGUGGUCCAACUUUGCUGCUCGCACAUCGAAAGCUUCCUCGACUCGCCGGAACACUCGACCGAGUUUGUCACCAAAUGGCGAGGCAAAUUCCUGGACCAGGCAGUGGCUUGUGCAAAGUGGUGUUUGGAGCUCCAGCGAUCAACGCACUGGGUCGGAGGCAUAACAAACCACCAGGACGUGUUCAAGCACCUAUACAGGACCUUGCUCGGAUUAUUAGUGCUAUCAACACCGAAAACCACAGGAAACUCGUCUUUAAGCUCCCUGCAAGCUCUAAAAGGGAGUCUUUUGGAGCUGACAUCGCUAAAUGAGGUACCUCUGAGUCCCAUGAUUUCUAACUUGCUCUCCAGAUUACUCCAAGCGGUCGAGCAAAGCACCGGCAUGAACUUGGUUGCCGAUUCUUUCCGAGCUUCCAUGCAUGACAGCUACUGCCCGGAUUUUGAGCCGUUUUUCUUGCUCAAAUAGAAGUUUAAGCAGCUGUCCAACUUUGUCAUCGGGCAAUCCAGCGUGAUCCAUGUGGGACUGCCAAAUUUUUUGACUACGAUACAGCUGUGGCGAUUUCCGCUCGCCACGUUUUUGGGAUUCAUCCACUCGCCGUGUCGGCAUCAUAUUACUUCCGUCAAGUUUUAUCAUACUCGUCGAAAGGUGUGAUAAACAGUCGCUUAAGAGAGUCUAAAGAUACGCUUAUCACGUUACAGUGACGCUA